AUUGCGGUCACUGAUCUGCUGCCGAUCACAACUAUUUGUCCAUACACGUCCGAUCUACAAAGAGACUGCAUCCCUAUGCGGCGCGUCGCGGUAUCCGCUUGUUCGUGAAUCGGCAAGGUGGCGCGCAGACGCUACUCCCCACCACUGCGCUUCCCCCCUCUCCAAGUCAAAAGCGUUGCAGAGACGGUUAUUGGCUGGGAAGGGCUCAAGGCCUCGCGUCACCGCGCCGCCUCAGUAAGCCAGCGGUUUUCGUAAAGAGAAGUGAUGUAACGUGCUAAGUGGCGGUCAUUCCUCCAACAGAACUGUCAUCGGCAACAGCUAUGCGACUAGCUACAGUAUUGUGCUGCCGGCUGUCGGCGGCCUUCCUGUGCGGCGUGGCGCUGGGUUUCGCGGCGGCCACGCUGGACUUCCGCAGCUCCUCGGCGUGGCUGCACCAGCAGCUGCAGGCGGCCCUCGCCGGAGACUUCCUGCAGUACGAGUACGAGUACGAAUACGAGUGGUCCACGCUCGCCGCUUCCGACAUUCCAGCGAGAGCGCUGCCCACCCUCCCUGCGGCUCGACGCACGCCGGAAUGCAACCGUACUGCAGCUGACAGCCUGCGACAGCGUGUUCGGGUGUUGUGCUGGGUGAUGACCAAUCCUAAGAACCAUGCCACGAAGGCAGCUGCUGUCAAUGCCACGUGGGGCCAAAACUGUGACAAGCUGCUCUUCAUGACCUCCAAGCAUGAUCCCAGACUACCCACAGUGGCCCUCAAAGUACCAGAAGGACGGCAGCAUCUAUGGGCUAAGACACAAGCUGCCUUCAAAUAUAUUGUCAAUCAAGGCUUGUUGGAGAGUACUGAUUGGGUGCUUAAGGCUGAUGAUGACACGUUCAUUGUGAUGGAAAAUUUACGCCACCUGUUGCUGCCUCUGGAUGCCUCAAAAUCUCUCUUUGGGGGUCUGCGGCUGCGGCCGUUUUCACCAAAGGGCUUUAUGAGUGGCGGAGCAGGGUAUGUGCUUAGUCGAAUGGCAGCUCGCCAGUUUGUUGAGCAGGGAAUAUCUGGAGACCUCGGAGGUUGCCGUAAUCCAGGGUACAGAGGCGAGGAUGUUGCCAUUGGUCGCUGCAUGGUGGCAAUAAAUGCAACAUUUCUGGACAGCCGAGACUCUGAUGGGCUGGAGCGCUUUCACGCCUAUGGCCCAGAACGAGAAAUGGCACCAGAUAAGAGAAUGGAUUGGCUGAAGAAUUAUUCUUAUCACCCACUACAACCUGCUUCUAAGUGUUGUUCACCAGCUUCAGUGUCAUUUCACUACAUCACACCUACAGCCAUGCGGGCCAUCUACUAUCUGGUAUAUAGGUUAAAACCAUAUGGACUCGAUGAAUGUGAAUUACCAGCUAGCUGACAGUUUGAAAAUGAUUAGCAAAAUCCAGGGCUACAGUAUUAUGUAAGGGUUGGACAGUGUGCAAAGUACAUCUGGACAGUAAAGAGUAAUUUAAAAGAAUCAACAAAGUGCUAAAUAUUGAACUCCUUGUGAUGUGUGAAAAUACUUUGACCAAAGACUUGAAAAAACUUGCUCUUCACAGCAAAGUAAGAGAACAUGUGAUAAAUGUGCCAUCAACAAUCUAUGAUGAAAUGUAUUUUUUUAUCCAUUUAUUUCCCAAAGAAAUGUUCAAAUUGUGUAUAAAUACCACGCAUUUGUGUUGUAUAAAUAACAUUUUCUGUGACUUCAUUUAUCUUUCAUUCUUGUGUGUCGCUCAUUUUACAUAGACUUGCAAUGAAUAAUACAUAAUUUAGCAAUUGCUAAUUCAACUGAUUUUUAAAUUUAUUUCUAAUAAUAUAUGGUAAAAUAACCUGGAACUAUCUGACUUGCUAGUGAAGUCUAUUUUCAAUAGAUUAUACAAUCUUGUAAAGAACUACUGAACUACUUUGAGACUUUAACUGUGUAGGCUUCUGCAGCCAGAGUCAGUUGACGUAAGUUUUCUGAAUAUUGUAUAACAGUAGACGCGAGAGCAGGUCACUGUAACUGUGGCCAAAGCAUUGGUUUGUCCAGUAUAGCUUUUUACAUUAUGAUGCAGUACAAUACUCAUAAAAAUGUGUGUCCUUUGACAUUUAUUAUUGGCAAUCUUGUUUACCAUGUUUGUAACAUGAUGAACUGUCAAUGUAAAGAUUCAUCUCGAUGUGUUUAUUCACCAAUAUUGAGUCAACUUUCAUCACAUCAGUGAAUAGUUAAGAUUUGUCCAGUGCUGUUUAAAAAAAAGUUAAAUUUAUUUUCUCUUGUGUAUUGCAUGUAACUAUGUAGCUUUGUGAUUUAAUACCACUCAGUUUAAUAAUACAUUAUGCAUAUCACCUGUUUCAUCUAUUGAACUGAAACUCAGUACAAGCAUUAAAAGUAUUUUAUUCUGAAUGACUACAUUGAGUUUACUUCAAUAUUUUAACUGUGCCUUCAGUGACGUUAAAAUUACAUGAACCUGGAGAAAAAUUUAAUAGUGACCGGUCAUAAAAUAUAGUGUAACAAAUAAAACAAAUUUUCUUUAUGGCCUAUGAAAAUUUGAUAUGUCAUAGAAUUGUUUUAGAACAGUUUAAACAUAAUGCACAGUUUCAUAUUUUAAUCUGCACUGUACUUAAAAUAAAUGCCAGUGAAAUAAAUUAUGAAAUUUUGCUUCUGGAAAGGAAAGAGACCUUAUCCAGAUAAACAUGCAUUAUGUAUUGGUCUUUGCAUAUCUUUACCUUUGUUUGUGACAAAUCUGUAGAAAAGAACACAAGGCAGAAUGCUUGAAGAAAGUGAAAAAACAGAACGGAUACUUUGUAUAGCAUAGAUAAUAUUAGAUAAAAAGCACUUUUCAUUAUGUGGAUCCAUAGUGAGAAGAUCCUCAAGAAUAUAGAGCAUAUCACGAGAUAAGAAAACAUAAUAUGUACUUACAAAGAAAAAAAUAUACGCAAAUGUAUGUUCCACAGAUCCCAAAUGAACAGGUCCUCAUAAAUGUGGAAUACAUCUUCACAUCUUAAACAUAUUUUCCUUUAAAAAGAUAACAGCAAAGUUGUCAAAUAUACAAAGUGUAUGUGAUAAUUCUGAAGCGAUUGUAGCCACUCACCAUUGAGGAAAAAAUUUGAAACUUUUUAUUUACAUUGAUUACAUUACUGCACUGAGAUGUGCAGAAGUCAGAUUUUAUCUAGUUCUCACAUAACUUGAUAUUAUUUGUGAUAUGUAUCUAUCAGGCACUUCUACUAAGAAAUCCAUUGAUGGAGUGGAAGGAGUUAGCCAUCAAUAAAUCCUUGAGGUUCCUCUUAAA